UUGGGGAGGGGGCUUCUUGGCCAUUGCUGGCUGGCUGGCCUUCAAGGGAGGGGACGGCUCCGGGCAGCAAUGCUUUUGUCCUGGCUGGGCUGGAGGCGGAUGACGGGGAGAGCGGCUGCGAGUUCCUUUGUGAGAUCAGCAGCCGCUUGGCGACCGAGCCAGAUCCAAGGCUGUUUUGCUAUGGCUGAGGACCUCCGAACUGUAGCUAGCAGCCAGGCCAAGAGGCUGAAGAGCAGCAACAGCAGAGAGGUGGAGGAGAAACUGGAGGAAGACCAAGAUGGGAAGCGGGAGGAGAAUGGCCACGAGGCCAAGCGGUUCAAGGUCAACAAGGAGGAUAUGGAAGAUGGGACGAAAAAGUUCCCGAAGAGGAAGAUUGUGCUGCUGAUGGCAUAUUCCGGGAAGGGCUAUCAUGGCAUGCAACGCAACGUGGGGAAUUCCCAGUUCAAGACAAUUGAGGACGACCUGGUCUCUGCCCUCACCCGGUCAGGAUGCAUCCCAGAAAAUCACGGGGAAGACAUGAAGAAAAUGUCAUUUCAGAGGUGCGCCAGGACAGACAAGGGUGUUUCUGCAGCCGGGCAGAUUGUCUCUCUUAAGGUCUGGCUGAUCGAAGAUAUUUUACGGAAGAUUAACGACCAUUUGCCUUCUCACAUCAGAAUUCUAGGGCUCAAAAGGGUCACCGGAGGGUUCAACUCCAAGAACAAAUGCGACGCCCGGACGUAUUCGUACAUGCUACCGACCUUUGCCUUUGCGCACAAAGACCGCGAUCCUCUGGGCGAGACGUACCGCCUGAGCAGAGAGACCCUGGAACUGGUCAACCGCCUCUUGGCUUGCUACAAAGGGACGCACAACUUCCACAACUUCACCUCCCAGAAGGGGCCCAGGGACCCCAGUGCCAAGCGCUACAUCAUGGAGAUGUACUGCGAAGAGCCCUUCGUGCGGGACGGCAUGGAGUUUGCCGUGCUCAAGGUGAAAGGCCAGAGCUUCAUGAUGCACCAGAUCCGGAAGAUGAUCGGGCUGGUCGUGGCCAUCGUGAAGGGCUACGCCUCCGAGGCCAUCAUGGAGCGGAGCUGGGGGGAGGAGAAGGUGGAUGUCCCCAAGGCGCCCGGUCUGGGCCUGGUUUUGGAGCAAGUUCAUUUUGAAAAGUAUAAUAGACGCUUCGGGAACGACGGGCUCCACGAGGCUCUGGAGUGGGUGGAGGAGGCAGAGAAGAUUGCCAAGUUCAAAGAGCAGCAUAUCUACCCCACAAUCAUAAGCACGGAGAAAGAGGAGAAGUCAAUGGCGAACUGGCUGGAAACGCUCUCCAACCAUGAUUUCAACUCCACCGCCUGUCGGACACAUAUGGACAACAGAGAUUCAAAAAACAGCGAUCCCGAAGGCAGUGAUGGAUGCGGAGACGAUUCGGACUGAGUCUGGCGCACGGCUCAUGUUGGUGGGAGGCGUGGCCCACAGCGAUCCCAAACAACUGCUCUGAAACGCAGGACCUUUCUCAAGCGAUUACCUACGUCUGUCACCAAAGCAGAUGAAACUGGUCCCUGAUAACCAGGCCAAACUGUGGGGGAAACAGAAGAGUCUGUGGGUGCAAGGAGCACUCAAAAUGGACCGCCUAACUCUGCCGUUGGGGGCAGGCGAACGGGGACUGUGCUGCCUAGCGCUAAUAGCAAAUUAAUUAUGCUUGACAGAAGCAAGGGUUUUAAAAAUAUAUAUCUGCUGAAUUAUGUCAUUUUGCCACCCUGAAUAUACAAAAGGGAAACAAUAAUUAUUGGACUGUAAAGCAAGGACAAGUUACAAGAUAUAUAUAUAUAUAAAUGUUCCCCCUUUUAUUCCA